AUGGAAGAAAUGAAGAGGAGUGCUGCCCAGAUGGAGAGGCCUGUAAAAACUGAGUGGAGUCCCCAGUGUGUCAUUUUCACCUAUUUUCAAGGGGACAUCAGCAGUGUAGUGGAUGAACACUUCUCCAGAGCUCUGAGCAGUAUCAAGAAACCCCAGGAAUUGAGCCCCUUGAUCCAGAGUGAAGAUGUGGUUCUAAAUAAUGAUGAUUUGGACACAUCUCCAAAUGAGUGGUGCUUCUCUUCUGAAUGGACAAAGCCACAGCCAGAAGUAUCUUUUGCAAAUGAUGCUGCCAACUGCAGCAUGAAUGGGUUUCAGCCCAUGGCUAUGACUCAAUACCCUCAGCCCCAGACUGGCAGUCCCUCUGUUGAGCCGGGCCAGCUGUUUCAUUUCUCUUCCCCGGCCAGCACCAGCUCCCCAGAGCCUGAAUACCCUUGUGUGUUCUCCCCUGGGCACCCAGUUUCACAGGCACAGCCUGAUGGGGAAUAUGAGUCACUCUUAAAUUUUCCCCAUCAGGAGAGAUGUGUAGCCCUUCCUCAGCAAUCUUCCAUGUGGGAGAAUUGCAGCUCUGGCCAGGCAACCAGAAGCACAGGAUCUCCCUUCAACCAGCCUUUCAACUCAGCCCACUGUAAGAACUAUUUCCCCCCAGCUCAUGGACCUGCAAAUGUCAGCCUUGCCAGCAACAGCCUUGCACACAAAAGAAACCUGGCCUGCAACCCAGGCAUGUGCCCGAACUGGGAACCGAACCGCCGACCCCUUGGUUCACAGCCUGUGCUUAAUCCACUGAGCAACACCAGCCAGGAGGGAUCCACGUCCGGAGGCUGGAGGCCAAAGGCUGCCCAGGCAUGUAGCCACUUCAGAGGUGGAACCGUGCCCUCUAGCCAUGGCCCUGACGGCGAAAAAUUUACGCUCUGAGACUGCACGAUUCCUGAAACGAAAGCCAGUCUUCAGAAAGAAGAAAAGACCUGUUCUUUUAUUGAACUUCAGUUUGAAGA